AUGUCAGCAGAUUCCUCCCCACGGCAUGGUGGAUUCCCUCAUGAUCCACACUGCCUGAAUAGAGGAUCACAAACUCCUCCAUCCCAGACCCUCCGACCACCGCUUCCACAACGAUCAAACCAAACGUUCCCGAGUCGAUCACAUGCGAUAUCAACGGACGAGGAGCCUCAUAAUGAGGAAGCUACCUAUGACGUUUUGUCGAGUCAUGGACGAGUUAGUUGUAAUAAUGACAAAGACGGGGACUGGUAUGACAGCCCUCAGAAAGUCUACGACAUCAUGAGUUCUGGCGCAUCAUCCUCGAACAUUUCCUCGUCACCACUAGAAUCGACCAUCUCAACGACAUCAUUAUGGAUUGUACUAUCGGAAGAUAUUUAUAGCAGUAGUCUAUCAAGUGAAUUACGACUGUCAUCCUCGAAUCCUCCCUGUGAGAUCUCGAGCAGCGAUUACGCGUGUUUGCGGUCGGGUCAAGAUGACUUAACUACGCGAACCGUAUCCUUAAAUCUCUCGGUACUGGUAGAACAAGUGCUUUUCGUUGAAGUUGCUGGAAAAGUGUGGGUAGCCGGCUGGUCUGAAGCGAGUGAUCGUCAAUUAGGCCAGCUAUUCAGUUUUGGUGACGAGCUAAUUGAGGUGGAAAAUAUACCGAUACAAGGUUUCUCCUGCAUCCCUCAAAUGUUCUACACUUUAUCAACACCUGGUACGCCAGUGAAUCUCGUGUUGAGGCCUAUUCCCUUCGGACUCACAUUUCGCCUCAUGAAACCAAUUGCGAAGAACAAAGAGAUCGGCAUCCGCCUACACAAGAACAAGAAUCGGGUGUGUGUCGUGUUUGUAAGGGUGUGUUGUGAUUGA